UUCUUUUGUCUCUCUCUCUUUCUUUUCUUUACCAUUUUACUCUGUUUCCUUUGAUAAUCUACAUUCAAUUUACCUGAUGCUUUAAUUUUGAUUAGGCAGUUGGAUUAGUGCCAAUCACUUGUUCUUCUCUGAACUAUAUUGUUAACUUGUUUUUUUUUUUUUUUUGAACUUUUGCUUAUGUUAUGACUAUGGGGAAUCCCUGUCAGUUAAGGUUUUAAGAUUGAAUUAGCUCUUAAUCUUUGGAAAAAAAGUAAUUCUUUACCAUAUGUAUUAAUAAUUAAUUAUUUAAUGUCUUUUUUCUAACAUGUAUGGGAAGGAGGUCAGGUGGAUGGGUUCCAGCUGUCUAUUGCUGGUCAACCUUGGGUUUUUACUAUAAUCUGUAGUGAAGAAUAAAGGCGCUAAAACAGAUACUGCCAAUUUGUAGUGGUUCUUUUUCCCUUCGAAUGUUUGGUUAAUAUAGGAAUUGUUGAAAAUUGUAUUUUUAUUAAGGUAAUUAUUGGAAUUGAAGAAUUACUUUCUAUUUCAAGGUUGUCUGUUUAUGGAAUGAUUGUUGUCUGGUACUCUACUUUGUUUUCCAUAUCACUAAAUCAGAUGCUCUCCUCUGACUCCUUCACUUGUUAGGACAAGGAUGGAUGCUUGGUCUUAGUUUUCAAAAAAAAAUAAAAAAAAUCAUUGGUUUUAUUUUGAAAAGAAACGAGUUUAUUUCUAAAUUUUAACUUCUUUAAAUGGUUAUUAAGGUAUUUUGAAACUGGUGUAGGCUGUAUACAAUGUUGUAGGAUGGUUUUGUCUUUUGCAUGAUCGUGCGAGUGUGCCUUAUAAAAGUUGUUGAGGAUAUACGAAUUUGGUUCUAAAUUUGCUGAAAUUAAGAGGUUUACCAAAGUGAUUAUGGGAACAGAAGAGGAGAGCUCAUCUGCCAAGCCUUCCAAACCUACUGCCUCAACUCAGAAAAUACCAACAACACCCUCAUAUCCUGAUUGGUCAAACCCAAUGCAGGCUUAUUAUGGUGCUGGAGCUACUGCACCCCCUUUUUUUGCCUCAACUGUUGCUUCUCCAACUCCGCAUCCAUAUAUAUGGGGAGGCCAGCAUCCUUUAAUGCCUCCAUAUGGCACCCCAGUACCAUAUCCAGCUAUAUAUCCUCCUGGGGGAGUCUAUGCACAUCCUAAUUUGGCUAUGGCUCCAAGUUCAACACAUAAUAAUGCUUAUCAUGAGGGGAAGGGUGCUAAUGGAAAGGAUAAAGUUGCCACCAAAAAAUCCAAGGGAACUUCAGGAAGCAAGGUUGGGGAGAGUAGAACAGCAGCUUCAGGCUCUGGAAAUGAUGUUGGCUCUCAAAGCGGUGAAAGUGGCAGUGAGGGUACAUCAGAUGGAAGUGAUGAGAAUAAUCAAGAAGAACCUGCUGCUGGUAAAAAGGGAAGCUUUGACCAGAUGCUUGCAGAUGCCAAUGCACAGAGUAACACUGCUGGGGCAGUUCAGAGUUUAGUUCCUGAGAAACCUGUAGUCUCAAUGCCUGCAACUACUUCAAAUAUAGGGAUGGACCUCUGGAGUGGAUCCCCUGCUGGCUCAGGAGCUGCUAAAAUGAGACCAAACUCAUCUGGUGCUGCAGCCACGGUUGCCCCUGGAGGCGUAAUGCCUGACCAGUGGAUUCAAGAUGACCGUGAGUUGAAAAGACAGAAGAGGAAGCAGUCUAAUAGGGAGUCUGCUAGAAGAUCAAGAUUACGCAAGCAGGUGGAGUGUGAAGAGCUACAAGCCAGGGUGCAGAGCUUGGUGAAUGAAAACCACGACCUUAGAGAGGAACUAAAGAAGCUUUCUGAUGAAUGUGAGAAGCUUACAUCAGAAAAUAGUUCUAUUAAGGAAGAGUUGACCCGGAUCUGUGGACCUGAUGCGGUAACCAACCUCGAGCAAGACAACCCCCCUUCGAUUCUUCAAUCUGGAGGUGGUGAGGGUAACAGUUAAUAAAACCUACAGAGACAACUUGCGUUCAGUAACAUCUUGUUAUCCGCAAUAUUCUUUUUACCAUGGCUUUACUUUAGUUGAGCAAUAGGGGCAUUUGUUUUCCUUGCUAAUCUUAUACCCUUAACCCUUUAUAACCAUAAUGUUUAUUCUACAAAAGAAAAGGUUUUAACCUGAGUUCAAAUUAUUGUGUUGGUGUAGUUGAUUGGGACAAAACAAUAAUCGGAGAUUGAUUCAUCCACUAUUCUGAUUUUGAUCACAU